AUGAAUGAAGAAAUUAAAGAAAUUGAAAGAAGAAGACAGAUUAAUCGAAAUCAUCGAUCAAAUAAUGAAAUUAAGAUUGAAAUCAGUCAAUUCACACCAAGUACUAAUCUCACUAGAAUGAACUCAACUGAUCAUCAACCACUUCAACCCUCUACUACCAUCACAAGAAGAAGAAGAUCAAACUUACAACCACCACCAAUCAGUUCAACUAUCAAAACUGCAAAUACUACUACUACUACUACAACUACUACACCAACACCAUCAAGAGGAACAGUAGGAGUAGGAGUAGGACCAGGACCAGUAAGAAUAGAAGAGAUCAAACGAAAUCGAAUUAAAAGAUUAAAAUCAAGUACAGGAUUAGGAUUAGGAUUACCAUUACCAUUACCGAUCAAAUUAAACAAUAGUAGUGGUCUUCAUCAGAAUCCAACUUAUUGCAAUUCAUACUAUCUACAAAGCGGCAGUAGUAGUACUAAUCCACCACUCAAUCAAAUCAGUCAUCAUAAUCAAUCAAUCUAA